AAACAAAUAAACCACAAAAACAAUAAAAAGAAAAACAAGCUCACGAAACCAAACCAACCAAACAAAAAGCUCCAAACUUCAGACCCCAUCGGCCGUUUCUUUCGAAAAUAAAAAGGUAACAAAAACCUGUAAAUGUUCAAUAAGUUAAAAUGCGCCUAUCAAUACAAUGGCACCAACACCAACUUUGCAUUUUAAACCAGGUGCUAUAGAGCACAGGGCGAAGGGGGAACCUGCCAAGUAACACCGAUUUCGUUUACGUCCAAAGAGCAGGUUAUUCAGCACCUUUGCCUCCCUCCGCAGGCUUUACAAGCUGCGGCCAGCUCCGAGCCACGCUCCAAACCCAAGAUCAGGAGCAUCCCGGCGGGGCAGAGACGGGUACCCCAUUACCCCUCCUCAGCACCCCGGCCACCGGCAGGAGCGGGCGGCAGAGCCGCGCGGAUGCCGGGUCAGACUUCCAAACCCAGCUCAAAUUUGCCGAGGUCGCGGCCCCCAGUGCUGCGGGGUGGAUUCGUGCACAACCCCUACAUCCAUCCCCCGUCACCCACCUCCAGGUGAGGAUAGCGAACCCCGCCUGUGGCGCGGAGGGGCAGCGCAACUCCUGCCGCACCCAGGACCGUGGCGGGGCUCGGUGAUGGUGCUGCCGUUCCGCCCACACCUCGGCGACGCCCCGACGGCAUAAAAAAGCGGGAGCCGCCACCCACGGCCGCUGUCUGCCAUGAAGCUCACCUGGGACAUCAACGACCCCAAACUGCCGCAGGUACCGGGUGGGCGGGGAGGUAGCGAUCGGGGAAAGUCUCCGUCCAGAUCUAACCCGGAGCUGGGGAACAGCAGAACAAACCUCGCUCUAAGCAAAGCUUUGUUUUAUGUCUGCUUUACUUCUCUUUUCACUUUGAGUUGUUUUGUAGUCUUUAUGAAGUCACUUAUAACAAAAGUGUGGAUUCGAUGCUCAGCUUUGCCUACCUGGAUAUGAACUCCUAGAACAACCAGUGGCUCCAUUUGCACAAUUUCCUUGUCCCUCCUCCUCCUCAUUCAAGAAAUGUUGAAUUGCAGCUUGAAUUGACUGUUUACUAGUAUUACCCAAGUUAUCUAAUUAUUUCUUUGGUUUAUUGAUGCAACACUUUAAUGCCAAUGAGCACUCCACUUUUGUCCAGUUGUGAGUUCCAAAUGCAUUUUUUAAUUUGCAACUUUAUUCAUCUUAGAGUUUAUUUAAGUUUACAAAGCCCAUGCUGUUAUGUCUUCAUGAAUGUCUUAAUGCUGUAAAUGCUGGUAGCUCCAUUCUCUUUGCUGGGAUUGCUCCCAUAUGUGGUACAUACGUAUGUUAAAUACGUACUGCAUUAUAAAUAUUUGCAGUUUAAAAUCUUCAUUCAUACCUCUGAUAAUUACAUUUUCAUAAUGAACUCCUGAAAGAUGUGAAAUCCCAAAAUGAAAUGUUUUCUGUUUGUGCCACUAUACAUGUAUUGGAAGUAUAUUUGCAAUGACUAAAUUUUUAUCUCCUUUUUGGGAAAAGCCUUAUUCAAAUCAUAUUAGAUGCACUUUAGAAAGGCCAUUCCAUAGCUAAAACUUCUAGAUUCCUGCCUGCCGCUGCAUUGUCCCACGACAAGGAGAACUUAAUAGCAGUCGUGAUCAGGGUGGCUUGUGUCCUAUCUGAGCACACUGAUCGUACACUGGUCAGUAAAUUCUGGGAGUAAGGCUGAUGUCUUACAGCUGGUAAUUUCCCUAUAAAAGGCAUACGUAUCAGCAGACCGUGCUACAAUGGAUCAUGAUGCAAAAGAGGAAAGGAACUUGACUUUCUCUUCAGAUAUGGAAUCUCAGACUAUCCUAGCCCUCUUAGAGAGCACUUCUGAACAAGAUAUUAUUUCAAUAUAUCUUUUUCUGCUGCUUUUCUCGUGAUAGAAAAAGCUUUCCCCCUGGUGUAAUGUGUCUUACAACUAGGCAAAAAAUUAGUGAUAUACUAAUAACGUUCUCUUGCCCUUCUCCUUGCUGCCUUGCCCUGCCGCCCCACCUGCGGCUCUGCAGGAGCCCAAGCACUUCGACGCCUUCCAGGAGUGGCCCGAUGGCUAUGUGCGGCUCAUCUACUCGAGCGAGGAGAAGAACGCGCAGCGGCACCUCAGCGGCUGGGCCAUGCGCAACACCAACAACCACAACUGCCAGAUCCUCAAGAAGUCCUGCCUGGGCGUGGUGCUGUGCGCCCGGAGCUGUGCCCUGCCCGGCGGGGCCAGGCUGCAGCUCCGCCCCGCCAUCUGCGACAAGGCUCGGCAGAAGCAACAAAAGAAAGCCUGCCCCAACUGUAACUCUGCCCUGGAGCUGAUUCCUUGCCGAGGACACAGCGGCUAUCCAGUCACAAACUUCUGGAGGCUUGAUGGAAAAGCAAUAUUUUUCCAGGCUAAAGGAGUCCAUGACCAUCCCCGGCCAGAAAGCAAACUGGAGGCAGAGGCAAGAAGAAGUGCAACUAAGAAGCAAAUGUCCUCUUAUCACCACUCCCAGAAAAAGAGAUCUCUAAAUUCAGAGGCAGGAAGGUACCCUGAAAGCAGUGGUUACACCAAUAACCUACAGAAUUUUCACUGCAUGGAUGGCCCAGAAAGAGUUGGUAUCUUCACAGACACCAAUUUUUCAAUUCCAGCCCAGUCUUACCCUUCACUGCAGAACACAGACCUCUACAAGGCACCUUACGACUCAGCCAGCUUCCAAGAGGACCAGCUAUCGCCAUACCCUAAAUGCCCAAAUCCAAGGAUCUACAUGCCCGUGCCAUGCAGCUAUGAGUUUGGAGUUCCUACCUUUGUAAGCUCAAGCCCUUACCCAACAUUUUACAAAGAUCUGCCCAGUCCUGCCAUUGAUGCAGACCCCCUCAGUCUGAACGGGCCUCACUACAACGCUGUGACCACCCAUGACAAAGGCUUUGACAACCCUGGCAGACAUUACGGACUGAAACCAGCGUGGGGGAAAAGCGGCAGCGGAGACCGGAGUGACUACGGGCAGAUGGCCACAAGUGCUCCCCACGCUUACUGCAGUGGGGACUGUGCCUGCAGGUACAGCCCCAGCCCCGCUCCCGUGGCCCCGCCACUGCAGACCGUCAUCACCACCACCACCAAGGUGUCCUACCAGGCCUACAAGCCACCCGCGCUGAAGUACAGUGACAACCUCUGCGACGUGAAAAACAUCCAGAGCUACACCCACGUGGCAGAAAACAUCUCCUCAGGUGCUGUCUAUUCAGGGAUGAAGAUUCAGGAAGACUUUGGGAUGAUAAAGUCAGCAUUGCUCUACCAGCAUGACUCCAUCCCCACAAAAUCCAAACCAGCUGAGGGCAUGGAGAGCUAUCGGUAUGGGUUCCCUCUGGGGAGCAGCUUUGCCGAGCAUGAAGGCCAGGCCCUAAGGUUUGAGAGUGCUGAGUAUUGACUAAAUGGUGCCUAAAUGACAAAUACCUGCAGAUGGGAGAAUAGAUUAUUGUGCUGACUAUGUGAGUGCCAAGCCAAGUGGUUUGGGAUUUGAGGAGAAAUAAAGAAGCAAAACACCAAGACUGCUUUUUCCCAAAGGCAUCUUUUCUGGAGCUGUGUGCUGAGUGAAUUAUAUUUUGCAUCUAAUUUCAAAGAAACCCCACUCAAUCUCUAAAAUGGCACAAGGAACUGAGCCCAAAACACACCUCGGAGAAGGUAAUAUGGAGGCACAGCUCCUCUGGAAGUCAGCAGCCUCCUCUGACAGCAAGUGCAAUCCACUUAGAGCUACAACUCCUGCCUCAAGCUUUGAGAGAAAAUGCCCCAUCUGUAAGAAAGAAAAGACUAAUCAGGUAAUGGAAAUAAAUGAAGGAAGGUGGCUCUAGAUUAUAGUCAACGGAAGGAAAUGUCAGGGAAAGAAAGAAACAACAUAAAUGUGAAAGCAAGACGAUUUGCAGAAUAAUUCACCUGAAUGUUUCAUUCACCUGCCAUGAUCCUUUUGAUGAAUGGAAAGAUCAACUAAGUUUCUCUGAAAUGAGAAAUGAAAAACCUGAAACCUGAGAAAUGAAAUUUGCUAAAUUCAUGUUGCUUUUUGAUCCCCUGUAUCAAGAGUAGAGACUACUCAGCCUUUCUGUGUAAGAAGGACAACCCAGCACAGCCACACCAGGAACUGAUGCCCCGAAACACUCAGCCUGGAGGCAGGAAGGCUCAGGCAACCUCCACCAAGCCUGCUCAGCAUCACAUGGCUGCCAGAGUUAACUUAUGUGGUCCUGAAAACCACUUACAGUGAAAUUGGUGUUUGCUUAAAGGGGCCUGGAAAGCUGGUGAGGCCAAUUGGUUACUGGUGCAGCAUUCUAUUGAUCCAUGAAUACAACUGGUCCUGUCUAGGAAUGCAACAUCCCAGCUGCUUAGUACAGGUCAGUGUUGAAUAAACCUUUCCUGGCUGCCUCUCUGCACUCCAUCUCCAUCAGGUCUCUCUCCCUCUCCCAAAGGACUUUUUUUCUCUGUAAACAUAGCUCCCCAUGACAGCACUGCUUUGGAAAUGAAGCAACCAGCCAACAGAGAGGUUACAAAACAAAAUCUCCAAACUGAGCUAAUCAAUAAAUUGUAAAGAAAUGCAUUCCCAAAUUCAUCCCUAAAACAACUAAUUCUUCUUUAAUCUGGAAAGAAGAAAAACCAGAGCAGUGCAGGUUUAAAACUAAAGAUAUUUUGAAAGCUGCCUAGUAUUGGGGAAUAGAACCCUCACCCAAAAUGUGUGUGCCAAGCAAGGGAGCUAAGUAGACACGGGAUUGAUCAGGGUAAAAAAAAAAAUUCUUUAGGUACUAUUGUUAUUGAGUUACCAAGUAUCUUUAACUUUUUGAACUCUUUUUUUUUUUACCUCUGUCUUAUGUAUAUUUUUGCUGUGUUUUGAGAAGCAGCAUACUACUGUAGUCUUUCAAUAAAUGUGAAAUCACAGUUAAAUCAAGGCACCAUGUAAAGGAAUGUGAGCAGCUGGUUAGUUAGAAUUAUAUGGUUCUAUGCACUGAAACUAUCAUUAAACUGGUAAACAAAUUGUAUUUUCAAAGAACAGUUAAACAGCUAUUUUAAAAUAGUUAUUUCUGAUGUAAUGUAUUUUCUUUCUUUUUAUAUUUUUAUGAAAACCAUGGUUUUUUAAGUGUGUUCAGUCUGAGAUGUCAAACUGAGCCCCACAGGAAUUUAGUUAAUAGCAUCCUGUUUCAGCAGUGGAUUGGUCAGCAUUUUAAAAAUUCAAGCCAGACAAGGAUGGAAUUCACAAAAAGACUAAAUUAAUUCACCUGCAGCAAGCUUACCUUAUCUUUUAGCUUUAGUGUACUUUCUGUAUAUCUCUCUUAGCUUUUGUUAAACUCUUAGGGUAAUUCUUCUACCAAGUGUUUUAAAUUACUGAUAAGAAGAGAUUCAGGUGAACAACAUCAAUUUGAUAAUUAGCCCACCUACUUUAAAACUUUUACUAAAGAAAAAAAAAAAAAGGUGGUUUGUGAGUUAUUACCCAGAAAGACUGAUGCAAAAUUUUAGAGUUUAUGAGUAUAUAACACUAUGCCUGUUUACAGAACUGGGUUUUCUCAGCUGUAUGCUAAAUCAUAUCGAGGCAUUUGAUGUGUAGAAUAAUAAUCAAGGCUUACAGUCCUGUAAGUUUAAAAGGGGGAAAAAGUAUAAGAGGGGAAUAAGGCAAAACAAAAUGACUAAAAAAGCUGGAAAGAUUCACUGCAGAUGGGAAAAUCAAGGAAAAUAUUCAAGCUGUAAAUUGCUCUAUUUUAUAGUGAUUUUAGAGGAGUUAGCCAACCACAAGUCAAGCACAAGUUAUUAAAAUACUACUAGCUAUUAAAACAGACAAGCUGUGGGGGUUGCAUGCUGCUUACAUUACUGGUAUUAAAAUUGUCAUUGUAGUUGUAUGCUUAAAUUGUUAUGCUAUCCAAUUAAAUAUAGUUUUUAAAGCAGAACUUUGUACACCAGUAAAGAAAAUGCAGCCAAUUGUGUUUAGAUGUUACUUUUAGAGUGUGGAUUUAUUUUAUAACAAACAUGACAGCUGUUUAAGCACAGUGGAAAGCUAUGGUGGUGAUUACCUUGCUGCAUCAUCUGAGAAGUACAACAAAUA